UCCAACGGUGGUAGCUAAGUUGAGAUCGCAGCAGCUCCAUACUAGCACGUUCUGAUCUUCUACCUGGUAUAGCGGUUUUGAGACGUAGACCAGUAGGAAUGACAUUGGCGUCUCUUGUCUCUCGCAGAAAGCUAAUGUGUUCCUCCUCCUUGAUCAUCUUUAUCUUGGUUUUCUCAAAGCCUCUAAAUAGGUUGCUGGUUCCGGGUCCGUACCGGUUAUCCAAUCUGUUUUUGAAGGUGGUAGACAAUGGUACAGUGAAAACAUCUUGUCGAACUUGCAUUGUCUUAUUUAUUUAAUGUAACACGACGUUUCGGUUGGUAAGUAUCUCCAACCGUUAUCAAGUGUAAACUGACAGCAAACUACUAUUCUAUAGGCUUAUAUACUAGAUGUGUGUAGCUAUGUGGAAGGGAAAGUCAUCCGUGAAAAGAGUUGGGGGGGGGGGGAGGACACGCCUCUCUCUAGAUCCUACACUGUCCUGAAACGUCGUGUUACAUUAAAUAAAUAAGACAAUGCAAGUUCAACAAGAUGUUUUUUAAUAUGUAUGUUAAAUACAUUUUUAUUAACUACAUCCACAAAUUUUUCGUAACAGGGUAUGUCUGUAUUUUCCGCUACCAAUCGGUCCGCUGUACGUUUUAAGGUUGUCCCAACUCCCUCCGGGGCACCUUUACCAUGUCCAGCCUCACUGUAUGACCAAGAAAUCUUGUUAAUAUUUGUAAAUUUAGUUGGCAAAUAAUACCCAAUGAUAUUAAACAUCGUCUUGUUGCGGUAUUGUGUACUAGGGCUAUCCGAAAGAAAAUAGAUGGUAUUUAUCAAUGGCCUGGAAAAACGUUCUAAAAUUGGAAUCAAGUGAGAUGCAAUUGCUUUGGCAUCAUGUCUAAGACUCGGAGAUAUAGUGGAAAAUGAGCUUACCCGAUCCUUGCUGUAAGCAACGCUGAUGCCUGUGCCUCGGAGAAAUAUUUGCAUGAAUAGUUUUCUGAAAAGUCAAUAUGAAGAAGCAAUUCGGAGUCAUUAAGUGACUUUUUGAGUGUUGAUAAUGUUCAUAUAUUUUGGAAGAAGCAAGAACACCUCCUGAACAAGAUUGUAGUGAGAUAUUGUAAUAAGAGUGUAAAAGAUGUGUUAAAAGAGUGAUUUAAGUGCAAACAAUAGACCAAAUAUGUCUAUAUGUGUUUUUUGUGAGGAAUCUAUACCAUCACGAAAAAAACUGCCAUGUAGUGAAUGUAAAAACGCUUCGCAUAUCAACUGCGUUCACAAGUCCGUCGAUGUAGCCAAUUUGAUUUCUGAAGUAAGAGGUUUAUCCUGGAAGUGUGAUGAAUGUGUUUCAAAAUGUAUUUCCAUUGACCAAUCACGUUUAAAACUUCUCGUAAAUGAGCAUGUACAAUCAUCACUGGCUUCUAUUACUGCUGCUUUUGAAUCCCUAAAAUCUGAUUUAGUUACUGUAAUCUCUGAGAAGAUCUUAAGUGUCAAGUCGGCGACUACUGCACCGGUGAGCUAUUCAAGUAUAGCAAAAAAUAACACUCAACCUGCUGUCUUGGUAGUGCCAAAGAACCAAGCCCAGACCACUGAAAAGACCAAGGAAGAUAUAACCCAUCGAAUUAACCCAUCGGAAUUGAAUUUACAGUUAACCAAAGUAAAAGCGGUUAAAAAUGGUUCCAUUGUCGUAGGCUGUAAAAGUCAGGAAGAAAAAAAAAACGUUUAGAGAGAUGGCUCAAGAAAAGUUAGCUGAUUCCUAUGAAAUUAAGGAGCUUCACGGAAUUAGUCCUAGGGUUCGUAUAGUAGGUUUUAGGGAAAAUUAUAAUAAUGACGAAUUUCUUAAUUUAAUUAAACAAAUAAAUAAAGAUGUAUUUUUUUCUGAAUCCAUAUGUAAUGUUUUUAAAAUAUGUACGACAAAAAAAAGUGACAAGGUAUUUCAGGCUGUUGUUCAAUUAGAUAGAGCGACAUAUGAUAGGAUCAUAAAGGUGGGCACUGUUUUUGUGGGAUAUGAUGCGUGCUCUGUAUUUGAUGGUGUUGAAGUAAAUCGCUGCUUUAACUGUAAUGAAUUUAACCAUUCUUCAAAAAAUUGCAUUAAAACUCAAAUUUGUCCCAGAUGUAGUGAAAAUCACUCAGUAAAAGAAUGCAAAUCUUCCACAUUAAAAUCUUCUAAUUGUAUUAAUCAUAAUUCUCAUAAUCGUGGCAACACUGUCAAAUCGGAUCAUGCUGCUUGGGAUAUAUCGGUAUGUUCGGUUUUCAAGAAUGCGUGUGCAAAACUACGGGCAAAUAUUCUCGGCCAAUAGCAAUUAAUCGAUAAUUUCAUAGCUCAAGGUGCUGCUUCUGUACCUGCCCAUCUAACGAUUUUGAACUAUGCUCCUGCAUUGACCCCGCCCGUAUUGAUGGCGCCUACUGCGAGCAACCAAAAUUAUUAUACUGCACCGAGUACCGGAUUUAGUAAGCGCUUUUUGAUCUAUUAUCAGAACGUACGUGGCUUGAGAACAAAGACUGCAGAUUUAUUAAAUAGCACCUCUGCGUGUUGGUAUGAUCUAAUGGCGCUUACUGAGACAUGGCUCGAUUUGUCAAUAUCUGAUGGUGAGGUGGUUGCGGCUGUGUACAAUGUCUUUCGAGCCGAUAGAGAUUUUCUAAAUACGGGAAAAUCACGAGGUGGGGGCUGUCUGAUAGCCGUUAAUAAAAAGUUUAAUGCUUUUAAAAUAGAUGUAAAUCAAAGUGUUGAUCUUGAGCCCGGUAUAGAUAUUGUUGGUGUUAAGAUUGUAUUAGAUUUCUCGUCAAUUUUAGUUUUUGCUGUAUAUCUUCCUCCUCCAGUAUCUCCUGAAACUUUGGAAAAUCUGUUUGAGUGUCUAACAUCCCUUGACUGCAUUUUUGGUAAUAAUAUUUGCAUAUUGGGUGAUUUUAAUCUACCUAAUUACGUUAACUGUAACAAUUCUCAAGAUAAGCAUAUUUUAAUACUGCAGAACUUUAUAACUUUUCUUAAUUGCAAUCAAAGCAACUCUAUACAAAAUUCAAAUAACAGAAUUCUUGAUUUGGUCAUAAACAAUAAUGAAAAUUGCAUAGUGGAAAAAUCUUUGGAUCCGUUGUUAACCGAAGAUACUCACCAUCCUGCUCUUGAUAUUUCGUUAAAAUAUUGCCACUCUAUGAAUUUUAAGCGUAAGACACUUUUUAACCUACAAAAUGCAUUUAACUUUAAAAAAGCUAAUUUUCCUAAUUUAUAUGAUGCCUUUUCAAAGACUGAUUGGUCAUUUAUGGAAGCUACGGUUUCUGUGGAGCAUCAGUUUAAGGUCUUUUAUGAUUUAAUAUUAAAGGAAUUGGACAGUUUUGUACCAAAAUAUCCUAAUAUACCUAGGAGAAAUUUUCCACCUUGGUUCACAAAUAGUAUUAUAAGGGAUAUAAAGCUUAAGAGUUUUCAUUACAACAAAUUUAAAAAAUAUGGAAGAACCGAUGAUAUAAACACGUUUAAAUUGUUACGCAAUAAAUCUAAAGGAGAUAUAUCUAAAUCUUACUAUCAAUACGUUUCAAAUGUGGAAAGCAGUAUCAUAAAUAAUCCUAACAAAUUUUGGAGUUUUAUAAAGAAUUAAAAAAAUACAAGAGAUAUUCCUAAAGAUAUGUUUUACAAGGACACUCCUAUAAAGGGCACCCUUGAGAUAGUUAAUUCCUUCGCUGACUACUUUAAACGAUCUUUUUUAAAUAAUAAUUUACACCCUAAUUCUCAUCAUACCCCAAAUAACUCUCUUAAUAUAAAUAUUUCUUGUUUUUCAGAACGCGAAGUACUCAAUGCUUUAAACAAAUUAAAACCUAAAUUUACAACAGGACCGGAUCUUAUUCCUGCAUUUAUUAUUAAGGACUGUAGGCAUAUACUUGUAAAGCCUUUACUUGUUUUGUUUAACAACUGUCUUUUAUCGGGGUCUAUUCCCGCAUUAUGGAAAGUUUCCAAGGUUUGUCCUGUAUUUAAAAAAGCACGGAUUUUUUAAAGGAAGGUCUACGAGCACAAACCUUUUGCUUAUAACUCAGAAUAUUGCUGAGGCAGUUGAUAAUGGGGAACAGAUGGAUGUUAUAUACCUGGAUUUUAGCAAGGCUUUCGAUCAAUUGAAUCAUAGUUUAAUUGUUGAUAAGCUUAGUAAUUUUGGAUUUUCAGCUGUCUCUCUUCAAUUGUUUCGCUCAUAUCUAUGUGGUAGAAGUCAGUACGUAGAGUUAUACGGCGAAAGGUCAAGCUCCUAUGAUGUAGUUUCUGGUGUCCCGCAGGGAUCUGUGCUUGGACCGCUACUGUUUAACUAUUUUAUUAACGAUAUUGGUGAUAAAUUGGAUUGCGAUUUUUUACUUUAUGCAGACGAUAUCAAGUUAUAUAAUAAAAUAAGAAAUCUCGCAGAUUGUCAUAGAUUGCAGUAUAAUCUUGACUUGGUAAAUGCUUGGUGUGUAGAAAAUGGUCUAAAGUUGAAUGUUUCUAAAUGUAAUGUUAUGACAUAUACCAACAAAUUAAAACCGUUAUUAUUUAACUACGCUUUAAAUACGACUACAAUAAUACGCACAAAUUCUUUUAAAGACUUGGGAGUGUACUUUGAUACCAAACUGUCUUUCUCAUACCAUAUUGACACAGUAGUCUCAGAAGCGUCAAAAUCAUAUGGAUUUAUUUAUAGAAGCACUAAGGAUUUCAGAAAUCCAGAUGCCAUAAAAACAUUAUAUUUUGCAUAUGUACGAUCACGAUUGGAAUAUGCUUCGGUGAUAUGGUAUGGUCGCCGGCUUAUAAUGUACACAUUAACAAUCUAGAGCAAGUGCAAAGGCGCUUUUUAAAAUACUUAUGUUUUAAGUGUGAUAAUGUAUACCCACCUCAGGGUUUUCCACAUGAUGAUCUGCUCCAACGUUUUAAUAUUUGUUCCCUAGAAACUCGACGAACCUUUUCUGCUCUUAUGACAUAAAUUACUUAAUUAUCUAAUCGAUAGUCCGCCAUUAGUGUCAAAAUUAUAUUUUUUUGUGCCUCGUCUCAAUAAUAGACAUCAUACCACGUUUCAUCUCCCUACUCCUAGAACAAAUCUACUUAAAUUUUCACCAAUUUAUACCAUGUGUAGUAUUUACAAUAAUGAUGCUCAUUUUGACAUUUUCAAUAUUACAAAGGAAGCCUUAUGUCGCUCACUUGAACACUAAGCCACAAGUAACCUGAGUUUGUAUUAAGCUAUUUUUUGUAAAUAAUAUAGCCAUUUCCGUUAAUAAAAAUUGAGGUUUAUAGUCAGCACAUUAGGUUUUGAUCGUUUUUGUUACUUAUUUUCUAUGCCUCUUAUUACUUUUUAUGUAAUUUUUUAGUUAGUUUUAGUUAGCUUAGAAGAUUUUUGUAACAAGUUAUAUAUAUAUUUUUCUUAGUUAGCAUAAGUUAUUAUUAUGUAUUUGAAGGUCUUUGCUGCCUUGUAGAUGGGUAUUUAUUUACCUGUAAGGCUUGUAUUGUAAAAUAAAUAAAUAAAUAAAUAAAUAAUAUCUUC